UUGUUGUGGACAAAGUAGUGUGCAAUAAAAUUGUAAAUAAAGAAUAAAGACACAGCUUCAAAAACAAGCUCAUCAUGUCUUCCAGAAGCGAAUUAAAGAAGUUGUCAGAGGAGAGCUUGUUGCAACCUCCAGAAAAAGUAUUCGAUAUUAUGUACAAGCUCGGAGAGGGAAGUUAUGGCUCUGUAUACAAGGCGCUGCACAAGGAAAGCAGCUCGAUAGUGGCCAUCAAGUUAGUACCGGUGGAGUCUGAUCUUCACGAGAUCAUCAAGGAAAUUUCAAUUAUGCAACAAUGUGACAGUCCUUAUGUCGUGCGAUACUAUGGCUCAUAUUUUAAACAGUAUGAUUUGUGGAUAUGCAUGGAGUACUGCGGCGCGGGAAGUGUUUCGGAUAUAAUGCGUUUGCGUAAAAAAACGUUGACAGAGGAUGAGAUAGCAACUAUAAUGUCGGAUACUCUCAGAGGUCUGGUAUAUCUGCACCUGCGUCGCAAAAUACAUCGCGACAUUAAGGCUGCUAACAUACUGCUCAAUACCGAGGGAUAUGCGAAGCUUGCGGACUUCGGCGUGGCCGGGCAGCUUACGGAUACGAUGGCAAAGCGUAAUACAGUGAUAGGCACGCCAUUCUGGAUGGCUCCAGAAGUGAUAGAGGAAAUUGGUUAUGACUGCGUAGCGGAUGUGUGGUCAUUGGGCAUUACAGCUCUUGAAAUGGCGGAGGGCAAGCCACCAUAUGGUGAUAUACAUCCCAUGCGCGCCAUAUUUAUGAUACCGCAGAAGCCACCUCCCUCGUUCCGUGAACCAGAUCGUUGGAGCGCAGAGUUUAUAGACUUUGUGAGUAAAUGUUUGGUGAAAGAUCCAGAUGAGCGCGCGACAGCAACAGAUUUGCUGGAACAUGAAUUCAUUCGAAAUGCUAAACAUCGCAGCAUACUAAAAACAAUGCUUGAAGAAACGUGCGAAAUACGCGAGCAGCAACGUGCUAACCGUGCAGCGGGCUUAGUAAGUGGGAUGGUUAUGAGUCAAGCCAAAAGUCUUGCUAAUCAAGGCAUUAUACUGCAAGAAGAGGGCGAGUUCAAUGCGGAGACUGUUAAAACCUUUAUCGAUGAUCCCGGCACCUUGGUCCCGGAGAAGAUUGCUGACUAUCAGCAACCAUCCGUUUUCGAUGCCACUAUGAUAGCACAUGCAGAGAAUGCUGUGGAUGAGGGUACGCUUGGUCCGGGUGGUAUACGCGGUAUAGCGGCAGAUAUCACAACUACCAAUGCAGCAGCUCACGAGGCGGCAGGUGUCGAUAGCGGCACCAUGGUGGAAUUAGAAUCAAACCUGGGAACAAUGGUUAUUAAUUCGGACUCAGACGAUUCUACGACUGCCAAAUGUAAUGACAACAACAAGCCACGAUAUCGACCUCAGUUUUUAGAUCAUUUUGAGCGUAAAAAUGCAUCCGAGGUGCGUGCGGAUGUAAGUGAGAAGGUCACGGAAUACUCUCCAGCGGCGGCCGAGCAGCAGUUGCACAUGGCCAGCAGUACUAAUGAUGGGAGCAACUGGGAGCAUAAAAUGGAAAUGCAGUUUCAACAAAUUUCAGCUAUUAAUCAGUAUGGUCUCCAACAGCACCAACAACAUUUGCAGCAACAACAACAGCAACAUUUAAUAAUGGCCUACCCGUUAAUGGGCGAGCAGCUGAUUGCAUUGAACAAUCAGCAGAAUUUACUGCGUAACCAACAACAGCAGCCGCCACCUGCAUACCACAAUCAACAUAUGCAUACACAAUCGCAUACCUAUGUCGAAGGGGAGUUCGAAUUUUUGAAAUUUCUCACAUUCGACGAUCUUAAUCAAAGGCUCAAUAACAUCGACUCCGAGAUGGAAAAGGAGAUUGAGGAACUAAACAAAAAAUACAAUGCAAAGCGGCAGCCAAUUGUUGAUGCAAUGAAUGCGAAGCGCAAGCGUCAACAGAAUAUAAAUAACAAUUUAAUUAAAAUAUAAAAAGUAUACAUAUAUUCAAAAAUUAAGAUCAGCGAACAAGAGUGGGACUUGAACCUAAAAGCUUUAUUGAAAUGCCAUAUGCAAACGCAGUGGUAUGAAAAGUUAAAAUAAUUCUGAAAAAGACGUUUCUUUUGCUCCUUGUGUCCUUUUACAGUGGAUGUUGGGAUUAUAUGUAUGUUUGAUUAUUUUCUACUAGUUAAAAAUGGUAACUCGAAUAGGAACGAAUGUAUAAAAGAAUCAUGGAAGAACAAAUCGAUUUUGCAUUGCAUUGGAAUGCUUUUGGAUACAAAUAUGAUAAAAAAAACCCAAACACCAAACAUAUGCGUGUAUCUGUAUACAAAGUUAUAUACACAUAUGUAAUAGCGAUUGCACAUCAAUUACACACACACAUUAAUUAGGGUAUAUAAUAAGGAAAAUAAACAUUGGUAUUGCCACGUGACUGUAUUAAAAAUAUAAGCAAUUGUCCAAAACAAAUAUAUUUUAAUAUGAUUAAAAAAGAUAAAUGUGUAAA